UGCAAUCCAUCAAUUUCACAGUGAUGGGUUCCUUUCAUUCAAGAUAAAGAUAUGAGAAAUGCAUCAAGAUAGAGUGAUUGACACGGUCUCAGAGGGAGAAAUUGAGAAGGAGGCUUUCAAUUUUAUACAACUAAUGAUAGCGUCGUUACUACCUGUGUUGUUGUGGCUUGAGAGUGGAAAAUUGGAAAAGGUGUAUCUGAACCCUUGAUUUAAUCGGAUGGCCAUGUAUUGUUUGACUGCAUGACUGCAUUGUUUUUCUGACAGCAGUGAAUCACGUUCCCUCAAUUAACCAUUGCGAAGCUACCUCUAUCUAACAUAUUCUCAUCCAUCCAUAUAAAUUGGUCAAACCCUUGUAAAAAGAAGGAAGAAUACAUAGCGAGUGAGUUGAUUAGUCAAAAAAGAGAAAGAGAGAGGGCAGAAAAGGUAAGCAAAACGGAAGAUGACGACGGCGGUGGUGUGGGAGAGGGUAAUAGAGAUAACUAAGUGUGGACGUUCAACUGAAGUAUGGUCAAUUGAGGUAACCUCAUGGCUGAAGACGGCGGGUGUGUUGUUACCGUCGGUGGAGCUUGCACACCGCCUUGUGUCUCACAUCUGUUGGGACAACAACGUUGCUGUGACAUGGAAAUACUUAGAGAAAGCUAUGGAAUCAAGAAUGGUUCCUCCUUUCCUUGUCUUGGCUCUCCUCUCCACAAAAGUAGUACCCAACAGACACCCUCUUCUUCACCCUCCAGCUUACUCUCUCUACCUUCACCUUCUCAACACACACGCUUUCUCUCUCUCUUCUCUCAUCAAUUCUCCUAAUUACCCUUCUCUCAUGAACUCCAUUCAUCAACUUCUUCGCCUUUCCCAACUCUAUCAUGAUUCUUCUUCUUAUCCUCCUCCUCCUCCUCCUCCUCACCCUGGCGUUGUUCUUGUUCAAUUUCUUUUCACUCUUGUGUGGCAGUUACUUCAAGCAUCCUUACAGGACGAAGCCUUACUCCAACAUAAGAAUUCCUUAUUAUUCCUCGAUCAUCCCGAUCUCACUAUGGAAUUGGAUAAUCACCACCACCAUCCUCUACACGCCAAAAAUACUGCAACAGCUAUUCAAUUCAUUGCACACUUUCUUCACAACAAACUCACUUCAAGGAUCCUCUCCUUGGUUCAACGAAACAUGUCAACGCAUUGGGGUGCUUUUGUUGAUGACCUAGAGCAGCUUGCAGCGAACUCGUUGAUUUUGAGGAGCUUGAAACAUGAUGUAUCUCCUGAGUUGUUUUAUCCUUUGAAUUUAAAAUUGAAUUGGCCUUUGUCUUGUGAAUCGAACAAGAAGAUGAAGUUGAGCUCAGUGUUGUGUGCAAGUGGGAGUGGAAGUGCCGACCAAUCUCAUAAUGAUAGUUCACUUUGGCUUCCCAUUGAUCUAAUACUGGAGGAUGCAAUGGAUGGUCAUCAUCAUGUCAUGGCUGCCAGUGCUGUUGAACUUCUUACUGACUUGGUCAAGGCUUUACAGGCAGUCAAUGCUACUGCAUGGCACAAUGCUUUUUUAGGUUUAUGGUUUGCUGCCCUGCGGCUCGUUCAACGGGAGAGAGAUCCUAGUGAGGGUCCUGUACCUCGCCUUGAUACCUGCUUGUGUAUGUUAUUGUGCAUUACGACCCUUGUAGUUGCUAAUCUUAUUGAAGAAGAGGAAGGUGAACUGAUUGAAGAAGCUGAACGUAGCCCUAGAAAUCAAAGGAAGGACAAGCUGGCUAUGGGAAAGCGUCGUGGGGAAUUGGUUGCAAGCUUACAGUUAUUGGGUGAUUAUGAGGAUUUACUCAAUCCACCUCAGCCUGUUACUUGGGUAGCUAAUCAGGCUGCUGCCAAGGCUACUAUGUUUGUAUCGGGACAUAGUGGAUACUUGGAAUAUAUGAAUGUGAAUGACUUACCCACAAACUGCUCUGGUAACCUGCGGCAUUUGAUUGUUGAGGCUUGUAUUGCAAGACAUCUGAUUGAUACCUCGGCUUAUUUUUGGCCUGGUUAUGUGAGUGCACCUUCCAAUCAGCUACCUCGUGGUAUUCCCAACCAUUUACCUAGCUGGUCAUCAUUGAUGAAGGGUUCACUGCUAAAUCCUCCAUGGGUUAAUGUCUUAGUUGCAACUCCUGCUUCCAGCUUAGCAGAGAUUGAGAAAAUUUUUGAAUUUGCAAUCAAUGGCUCUGAUGAAGAAAAGAUAUCUGCUGCUACCAUUCUUUGUGGAGCAUCUCUAGUACGUGGGUGGAAUGUGCAGGAACACGUCGUUUUUUUCAUCAUAAAAUUGCUUUCUCCUGCGGUUCCUCCUAAAUACGCCGGGACAGAAAACCAUUUGAUUAGCUAUGCUCCAUUUUUGAAUGUCCUACUGAUUGGAAUUUCAUCUGUAGACAGUGUUCAGAUUUUCUCCCUACAUGGUGCGGUUCCACUACUUGCUGCUGCACUAAUGCCAAUAUGUGAGGCGUUUGGAUCAUGUGUUCCUAGUGUGUCAUGGACUGCUGCAACUGGUGAAAAACUCUCUUGCCAUGUGGUGUUCUCUAAUGCAUUUGUUCUCCUGCUGAGAUUAUGGCAGUUUAAUCAUCCACCUGUUGAACAUGUGAUGGGAGGUGCAGCAACUCCAGCAUUAGGAUCACAGUUAGGUCCUGAGUACCUUUUAUUGGUUCGGAAUAGCACGUUAGCAUCCUUUGGGAAAUCACCAAGAGAUAGAAUAAAAAGCAGAAGAUUUUCAAAAAUGAUAAGUUUUUCUACAGAGCCCGUGUUUAUGGAUUCCUUUCCAAAACUAAACACUUGGUAUCAGCAACAUCAAGAAUGUCUUGCAUCAACUCGAUGUGCUCUAGUUCCUGGAGGGCCUAUUCUUCGGAUCGUUGAUGCACUGUUAAGCAUGAUGUGCAGGAAAAUAAAUAGAAGUGCUCAAUCAUUGACAUCUACGACUUCAGGAAGCAGCAACUCAUCUGGUUCUUCAUUGGAUGACGCUUUGAUGAAACUCAAAGUGCCAGCAUGGGAUAUCCUUGAAGCAGCUCCAUUUGUUCUUGAUGCUGCUCUUACAGCUUGUGCUCAUGGAAGACUUAGUCCCCGUGAACUGGCUACAGGUCUCAAAGAUAUUGCGGAUUUUCUUCCAGCAUCUUUGGCAACUAUUGUAAGCUACUUAUCAGCUGAAGUAACACGUGGUGUGUGGAAGCCAGCUUUUAUGAACGGAACUGAUUGGCCUAGUCCUGCAGCUAAUUUAUCCAUUGUCGAGCAACAAAUCAAAAAAAUUCUGGCAGCCACUGGGGUUGAUGUCCCGAGCCUCGCAAUAGAUGGGAACGCUCCAGCUACACUUCCUUUGCCUUUGGCGGCUUUUCUAAGUCUCACAAUAACCUAUAAGCUUGAUAAAUCUUCUGAGCGCUUUCUUGUUUUGAUUGGCCCAUCUAUGAUCAACCUUUCUGCUGGUUGCCCCUGGCCUUGCAUGCCCAUUGUAGGUUCUUUGUGGGCUCAGAAGGUUAAGCGCUGGAGUGACUUUUUUGUAUUCUCUGCUUCUAGAACUGUCUUCCACCAUAGCAGGGAUGCUGUAGUUCAGCUCCUAAAAAGUUGCUUCACGUCCACCCUUGGGCUUGGUUCUGCCUGUAUUUAUAACAACGGUGGUGUUGGUGCUCUCCUUGGUCAUGGAUUUGGUUCUCACUUCUUAGGAGGGAUCUCUCCAGUUGCUCCUGGAAUUCUCUACUUGCGAGUUUACAGGUCUAUUAGGGAUGCUAUGUUCUUGACAGAAGAAAUUGUAUCUCUUCUAAUGCUUUCGGUUAGAGAUAUAGCAAGUGGUGGGUUGCCCAACGGUGAAGCGCACAAGCCAAAGAUGACUAAAUAUGGAAUGAGAUACGGACAGGUUUCUCUUGCUGCAUCAAUGACACGUGUCAAGCAUGCUGCGCUUCUUGGGGCUUCUUUUCUUUGGAUAUCCGGUGGUUCUAGUUUGAUUCAAUCUUUGAUAACAGAAACUUUACCUUCAUGGUUUUUAUCAGCCCCAGGGUUGGAGCAAGAAGUGGGAGAAUCUGGGGUUGUGGUUGCCAUUCUUAGAGGCUAUGCAUUGGCAUGUUUUGCUGUACUUAGUGGGACAUUUGCUUGGGGUAUCGAUUCUUUAUCAGCAGCAUCAAAACGGCGACCAAAGAUUAUUGGGAUUCAUCUAGAAUUUCUUGCAAAUGCUCUAGAUGGGAAAAUUUCACUUCGCUGUGAUUGUGCAACUUGGCGUGCCUAUGUGUCCGGGUUUAUGAGCUUGAUGGUGAGUUGCACACCACUCUGGAUUGAAGAACUUGAUGUGGAUAUGUUGAAGAGAGUGAGCAAGGGAUUAAGACAGAUGAAUGAAGACGGCCUGGCUCUGCAGUUACUAGAAAUCCGAGGGAAGAGCCUCAUGGGUGAGGUAGCUGAAAUGAUAAUACAGAAUGAACUUUAACGGAUCAAAACUUGGGAUUGUGCAUAUGGAUCCGAACUUGUUGACUGCAUGGAAUCUCUACUGAAAGGAAUCUAGAUCCCAGACUAACCAUUAUUUGUGAUAUUAGGGAUGAUGAUAUUUCUUGUCAGGAAGAAAAAUGGUGCACUUCAUUUGCUAACUUCUUGCUGCCAUUUUUGUAGAUAAUGUAAAUAGCAUAAAUUCAUAAUACCCCUUAAAUUUUGAGCGGUUACAUUACAUUUAACCUACCGUAUAAACAAUUAAAUCAUAGUAAGUAUUCAAUAGAUGUUUGUCAUUGUCUGUCCAGAAAACAAAAGAUUUUGUUGUUGGUCAUGUGAGUAAAUUUUGGGGGAAUGUUUUUGUACCUUAUAAAACAUCUUGUUUGGAUAGAACUCUUGAUCAGUGACUAUGAAGAUAAUUUGGCUGUGGAAUCCAUCAUUUGCAUUAAACGUCGUCCAA